CGUCAGUUAGUUUUCUCCAAUGGGUAAAGGUGACUAAAUAUUAGUAGUCUCCUUCGCCGCCUAAUCUCAUCCUAUCGGGAAAAGGGAGAGAUCAUGCACGAUUCUGGCGGUGUCCAAAUGGCGAGGGCGCUGAAGCAUGCAGCCCUGUGCCUGAUGCUGCUGCCCCGGUUCCUCCUGGCCGCCGUAAUGCUGUGGCUUCUGGAUUUCUUGUGUAUUAGGAAAAAAGUGCUCCUGAAAAUGGGAGAGAGGCAGGACAGCUCGGACGACCCGCCGGUGUGCGUCUCCGACUCUAAUAAGAUGUUCACCUUGGAGUCCCUCAGGGCCGUGUGGUACGGUCAGAAAUUGGACUUUCUCAAAUCCGCACACCUCGGGUGCGCUGCGCCCAACACCGAGGUGAUGCUGGUACAGGAGCGGAAAAGGGUCCGGAUCCUGGACUGCAUGAAAGGGAAGAGACCGCUCAUCCUUAACUUUGGCAGCUGCUCCUGACCGCCAUUCAUGACGCGCCUGGCGGCGUUUCAGCGCGUCGUGAAGCAGUACGCAGACAUUGCGGACUUUUUAGUUGUAUAUAUCGAGGAGGCGCAUCCAUUGGACGGCUGGGUGAGUUCGGACGCUCCGUAUCAGAUUCCCAAGCACCGGUGUUUGGAAGACAGACUGAGAGCCGCUCAGCUGAUGCUCGCCGAGAUGCCGGGGAGCAACGUGGUGGUGGAUAAUAUGGACAACUCAUCCAACGCCGCGUACGGAGCCUACUUUGAGAGACUUUACAUCGUGAGGGAUGAGAGAGUUGUGUACCAGGGGGGCAGAGGUCCAGAGGGAUACAGGAUUUCCGAGCUUAGAAACUGGCUGGAGCAGUACAGGAACGAUCUGGUGGAUUCCCAAACGGCGGUGCUGCAUGUGUAGUUGAAAGAUGCUGAACUGCCUGACUCUCUGCCCAUUUUGCUUAAGUGUCCAACUCACAGUGCAAAAUAUUCAGAUGCUGCUGUCAAAUGUUCACAAAUGGCACAUUAUGUCUUUUUUUUUGUUUGUUUGUUUUUGUUUUUUGUUUUGUUGUUGUUGUUUGUUUUUUGCCUAAAGAUAUUCAGGACUCUGUGACAAAUAGCCUAAAGUCAUAUCCCAGCCUAACUCUAUAGGCUGUAGGCUGUUGUUGUGCUCGUCUUGACCUUAAAUGAUUGCUCAUAGCGAUUGUUUUUUUGUAUGGAAAAGUCUUGAAUCUGUUGAAACUGGAUUCAAUAAGUGAUCACUCUAUUUUUCUACAAUACUGAUGUGUGUGUGUGUGUGUGUGUGUGUUCAGACUAAUAUUUCAACCCUGGUGUUUCUGUGAAGUUCGGUUUUUAAAAGGCGAAGCCAGAAAACCGACACUGAUGUCUCUGACACCGGGUCCAUAUUAGCAGGAUGCUUUCCUCCAUGAUCGACUGCCAGACGAUGUAAUGUUGAACCCAUGUAAUUGAACAAAUGUUUUUAAAUAAAUGUCAGAUGGCACAUUGA